UGCAUCCUGUAUGUGUGUGUACAGGAUAUGUGUGUGUAGAUUCAGUAAUAAAUGCAGAACCGCCUCACUCUAAUCAAGCUGAUUAAAAAUUCCUGCGCGCGUGCAGGCGGAAAUCCACCAUCAUCAUCCUCGUUCUCCGGCACUUUUACUUUAUUUUCGCGUCCAUCCUCCUCCAGGACAGCGACAGACGCGGGAGCACGAGAAAUCCGUCUUCAAUCGCGUCGUUUAGGAGGUUUAGAGAUGAGGAGAAGCGGCAGGCAGCGCGGAGAGGGAGGGAUGAGCCGAUGCAACUCAUAAUUUAAUGGGGACACAGAGAAAGAGAGAGAGAGACGGAGAGAGAGAGAGAGAGAGACACACACACACACACACACACAGAGAGAGAGAGAGAGAAGGAAACAGAAAGAAAAGGACCGAGCGCGAAUGUUACAAAUGUAACAAGCGGAAGAUACAAUGUAGCGCUGACGUGAGUCAGGAAUGUUCGGAUGCUUUGACGUUUCAUUCGACGUUCGAAAGUGUAUCGCGCACUUUUAAAGCUGCUUUGGAUCCGCAGAUCGGCUCGAGAUGAGACGGCAGGUCGCUGGGGCUUCGUGCUGUUGUUUGGCCAGAUGAGAGGCGAUUCACGAACGCUUCUGUUCCUAUAGGCGCGUAUUGUUGAAGCUCAAUGGGAUGUGUAGGGAACGCUGGCGGUUACUAUUAUUUUUAAGCGUUAUUCUGCGCACAGAACGGACGGUGGAUGUGAUCGUAAACUCUAUUGAACUCUAGACUCACCGGAGAUCGUUGCAUUUCGGCUUGAUUGCAUGCGACUACGGUUUUUAGCUCUCAUCACAUUUUAAAGUACUUUGCGCUUCGUCUAUAUGGUUCGACGUGUAUCAUGCGCUGUAAUUCUUGGCAUAGCGUUUGAUAUUGGGUUUUGGCGUGGACGAUCUGGAAGUUUUCUAUGUUUCAGAAUAGAAUAGCUGACAUAAAACUGAUAUUCGAGUGAAGUUUGUGCUCCUCCUGCCAAAACUUGAAGUCGCUGUUCAUCCACAGCUCCUUUUAUAUGUUCUUCUUAAAGUGGUGACAGUGAGCAGUGGGGCUGAGAACCAUGGAGCAUCUCAGCGAAACAUGCCAGGGGAAGGAGAACUGUGAGAUGGUCAACAACCUGAACGACACCAAGGCCCCUCCGGCCAAAAUGGCCCGCCUGGAACAGAACGGAAGCCCGCUGGGCAGGUCUCGUCUAGGUAGCACUGGAGCGAAACUCUCCGGAGUGCACUUCAAACCCCCUGGACAUCAUCUGAAGGCCUGCCACAAGAGGGGUAACAUGCUGCCAGUGUUUUGUGUGGUGGAGCACUACGAGAGCCCCAUCGAGUUUGACAGCAAAGAGGAACAUGCUGAGUUUGUUCUGGUCAGGAAGGACAUGCUCUUCAACCAGCUAAUCGAGAUGGCCCUGCUCUCCCUGGGCUACUCGCACAGUUCGGCUGCACAGGCUAAAGGUCUGAUUCAGGUGGGCAAGUGGAACCCCGUGCCUCUUUCCUACGUGACGGAUGCACCAGACGCCACAGUGGCUGACAUGUUACAGGAUGUGUACCAUGUGGUCACGCUGAAAAUCCAGCUACACAGUUGUCCUAAACUGGAAGACCUUCCUCCAGAGCAGUGGACCCACUCUACAGUAAGAAAUGCGCUCAAGGAGUUACUCAAAGACAUGAACCAGAGCUCUCUGGCAAAAGAAUGUCCCUUAUCACAGAGUAUGAUUUCUUCAAUUGUUAACAGCACUUACUAUGCAAAUGUGUCUGCGGCGAAGUGUCAAGAAUUCGGACGCUGGUAUAAACAUUUCAAGAAGACAAAAGACAUGAUAGUCGUGCGCCAGCCCUCCCAGCUGGAGGGCUACCUGGGGACGUGUGUCCUCCAUGACAGUCCACGUGCCACCACGUUAGCUGAGAUGGACAGUCUGUCUGAUCUUUCUCCACCCGGAACCAACCACCUCAGCUUCAGUCAGCAGCCCAUCCCGGGCAGCACAGCCGAGCAGUCCCCGUCCCCUGUGCCCCUGUCCCACAGCAGUCAGGCCCCCGGUCGCGCUCAGCUCCCCAGUCUGCACCCCGGCCUGGUGUCCACCCCCAUCAGCCCUCAGCUGGUGAAUCAGCAGAUCGUCAUGGCUCAGAUCCUCAACCAGCAGUACGCAGUCAACCGUCUCCUGGCCCAGCAGUCCCUGAGCCAGCAGUACCUCAACCACCCGCCCGUCAACCGCGCGCUCAACAAACCGCUGGACGCGCAGGUGUCCACCAACGCCGAGGUCUCAAUGGAGAUCUACCAGUGGGUCCGAGACGAGCUGAAGAGGGCGGGAAUCUCCCAGGCCGUGUUCGCCCGUGUGGCCUUCAACAGGACGCAGGGUCUUCUGUCUGAGAUUCUUAGAAAAGAGGAAGACCCCAAGACAGCGUCUCAGUCGCUCCUGGUCAACCUGCGAGCGAUGCAGAACUUCCUGCAGUUACCGGAAGCGGAGCGUGAUCGCAUCUACCAGGACGAGAGGGAGCGCAGCUUGACUGCAGCCUCUGCUAUGGGCCCCGCGCCCCUCAUCAGCACCCCUCCCACACGCCCUGUCCAGCCCAGAAGAGAGGAGUGUAACAAUGUGAGACCAGAAGACUGGAAUCCCAGAAUUCCAGUGGGCAUCUCUCCUGUGAAGCCCAACCCUCUGACCUCGGAGUGGAACGGGAAGUCGGAGAACUGCGUGUUAAACAUCAACUCCUCCAUCUACGACGAGAUCCAGCAGGAGAUGAAGAGGGCCAAAGUGUCCCAGGCCAUGUUCGCCAAGGUCGCCGCAUCAAAGAGCCAGGGCUGGCUCUGUGAACUGCUGCGCUGGAAAGAGGAUCCAUCUCCGGAGAACCGCACACUCUGGGAGAACCUGUCCAUGAUCCGCCGGUUCCUCAGUUUGUCCCAGGUGGAACGUGACGCUAUAUAUGAGCAGGAGAGCAAUGGAGGACAGCAGCACCAUGCGGACAGACCUCCUCACCUGCUGCACAUGCCCACCGACCCAUUACAGACUCAUCAACAGCCUUCCUCUCAGCUCCAAGUGCCGCUGCCCCUGCCGCACCCCUCUCAUCCUCCUCUAUCCCAGCAGCCCCUGCAGCAGCAACAGCAGCAGAUGGGACCCCGGCUGCCCCCGCGGCAGCCCUCCACGGCUUCGCCCGCCGAGACCGAGGACGAGAGCCGCUGCAAGAGCCGCCAGGGCAACCGCAUCUCCAUGGAGGCGCUGGGCAUCCUGCAGAGCUUCAUUCAGGACGUGGGCCUGUACCCGGACGAGGAGGCCAUCCACACACUCUCAGCACAGCUGGACCUGCCCAAACACACCAUCAUCAAGUUCUUCCAGAACCAGCGCUUCUACAUCAACCACGCCGGCAAGCUGAAAGAACCGCCCUUGGGCUUCCCCUCCAACAACAACAACAAGGACGAGGGUCUGACGGACUUCAAGGAUGGCGAGCUGCUGACCGAGUUGGACGAGAGCGUGCAGACCAACAGCACCAUGUUCUCCAUUAAAAUCGAAGAGCACCUGGCGCCCGAAACGCACGCCAUGGGACAGGCCCAAACUGAACAGGAGGCAAAAGAGUAACGGACGGCUUUCUUUUGCUUCUGGUUUUAUUCUCGUUCACAUGUCUGUGUUCCAUGAGCGAAACUGUAAGACUUUUUACACGAGACUGAAUAAUACAGAGAUGAUUAACUUUCACAGUUUUGUAAAGCGUGGAUUAUUUCACUGUAAAGACUAGUGCAUCAUUUCAAUAAUCUGCACAACGAAACAAAAUGUAAAAAGAAAAAUCCUAGAGGAAUAGUUCACUCCUAAAUGAAAAUGUUGUUUCCUUUUCAAGUGAAUGGCGACUUGGGCUGUCGAGCUCCGAAAUGCACAAAGGCAUCAUAAAAUAAUUUUUAUUAUUAUUAAAUAAUAUUUUAUUUUCUUAACCUUUUUAUGAAUUAUUUUUGCGGUAAAUACAACUAAAAAUAUGUAUUUUUAUUUCCCUCACUUCUCUCAUUCUCUUUAUUUUUUUAAUUUUUAUUUCAUUUUAUUUAGUUUUUAAAUUUAUUUCAUUUUAUAAUUUUAUUAUUUCUUUUAAAUUAUUAUAAUUUUUUUUUUUUUUUUUCAAAUUAACCUAACGGACUAAGACCAAGAGGACAAAUUAUUCGUAACAAAUAUAUUAUGGUAUGAGUCAUUUUAUAUAAAUAUCACAGAUCACUGCAUUGAUGACCCCAGUUCUCAUUCACUUGCGUUAUAUGGAAAAGAGUGGGCAGGCUGUUCUUCGGAAGUCACUUUCUGACAGAAUUUUCAUGUUUGCGUGAACUAUUCCUUCAAGCGAACAGUAUGUUGCUGUGGAUAUUUGCUGACUGCACUUGUUGUCUGUUGUUUUUACACUGAUUUUGAGCUACUGAUUUAAAAAAAAAAAAAAGGAAAGUCAAUGGAGUUUGAUAGACUUUGAUGUUUACGUAUGUGAUGUUAACUGGAUUUUUUAAGGAAAAAAAAAUGCAUGAAAUUGGAGAAGAGGGGUAGACAAAGGCCUUAAUGAUGAGGUACUGAGUCGAGCACUGCUGGUUAACGAGUUCUUCUCUUUGAGAGAGAGAGAGAGAAAAAAAAAAAAAGAAAAAAAAAAAAGGAUGGCUCAGUCUCUGGAUCCCUAGGACCUGCAGGUAAACCGAGGGAAAACGGAUCAAUCUUAUUAUUUGGUUUGAAGAAAUAUAAAUAUAUAUAUAUAGACAUAUAUUAAUUGUAAAAAAGUAUACAGUCUUAAAGAAACUAUGCCAACAAAUGCCUUGUACUAUAUGGCACUGCCGAUGUUAGAUUAUUUUGCAAAACUUUGGUCACUGUAAAAUCCUGGAUUCCCACAGUUUCAAAUGUGAAUCACAAGCAUCGUCCCGCAUUAUUUAUUUUGCGUUCUGAUGUAAUUACGUUUGGGGAACGUUUCCGUCACCCGGCGCUUUUCGUUUUACUGAUCUUUUUCUAUUUAUAAAUGUAAUUUUGAUGGGCAGUAAAAUCAGAAGUGUCUUAACGUUUUAAAUGGAAAAUGUGCUUUAACGGUUGCCUAAAAAAGUGCUGUAUGUCAAGCAACUCAUGCUACGAGCUUCACAAUUAAUGUUGUAUGCAAUUUUUACUAUCAUGCAAAUAAGCUUAGGUAAAUGACUAACCUAUAGAGACCACCUUAGAGAGAAAAACAUAUGCAAUUUGUGUGAAAAUCGAUGUUUGCAAUGUGUCUUCCUUUGGUUAACGAUCCAAUUCAAAGCUAUUCCUGUAUAAAUAUGAUGUAUAAAAAAAGUGGUUCUUUUUUUAUGAGUUUAUUGCAAUGAGAACACCAGUUAUUUUGUUACGACUGACUGUUUUAUAAGUGUUUCUCGGUUUCUUUAUGCAGAAAUGUUCUAACUAGGAGUGGUUACUGAUUGUUAAUGACACAAUUAAACUGUUUGUAUUGUACUCCGAAUCUUUGCGUUAAUGUGCAAUCGAGAAUAUUCGAGUCAGACGAGCACGAGGAACCAGCUCCCGGGCGCAAGGCGGGAUGAAGUCGUAUUAGAAGCGUGUUUAAGGGUAAAUAGACGGCAGGUGUUAAGGCCCUGUUAAUGAGCUGAUCUGCGGGGAUUGGAGGUGUAAAGCUGUGAAGGUGCUUUGACUUCCCCACGAACUCCAGGUGAAGCUCUGAGACAGUACGGAAAUCUGGCUCGCCCAUAUGGAGGUAAAUCAUCGGUGACCUCUUGUCAUCACGGGUUGCCUGAAAACAUCACUGUGGUGUUUGCACGCGCUUUUAGAGAUGAUGAUGGAAGGAGAAAUAACCUACUUUGUUGCUUUUGACUUCAGGAUGGGGGUAAGUUUAAAUGGAAAUAGCUCUAAACCAUUCAACAUGCAGCACAGUAAAUGACUUGUAUUGCUUUUCUUAGAAACUCUGUAUAUGCAUAUACGUGUGGCAGGGGAUGAAGGCGAGUAUGUACAUAACUGUAAUAUAUGAAACACGGUAAAUACACAAUUUUGCAGUUGUGCGAGUUGUUUGCUAGACUGAGCACAACCGUUUGUUGUCGAACUCACAGCAGUUCAUUAUUAUUGCAAGUGGGGAAAUAACUUUUUUCUUUUAAAGUAUGUGAAGUUAAAUAUUUUAAUGUCUACUGUACACUAGCAGGUAUCAAAUUUCAUGAAAAUGUUAAAUAAAAUUCCUUACACCA